AAUCCAAAUCCCCCACCUAAUCGCCUCAUAAACAUAUGGAUCGUUACACCUUACGCAUAAAUAUUUUAGGAGAAAACAAUUUCACAAAAUCCAGAAAGUAAUGACUGUCAGUUAAUCUACACUUGAGAGGCUGUGAGGUUAGCAGCAAGCGGGCCCCACAAAACCUCACAUGCAGAAUUUAUAUAGAGACACUUGCUCACUCCAAAAACUCCAAACCAUAACACAAAACUCCCCACUUUUUCUCACACACACGCCGCCGCCGCCGCCGCCGCCAUGUCAGCCGGCAAAAAAAGGUACACACUGAGCGCAAUCGGCGUGAACCUGGGGUGCAGCAGCAGCUGCCGCCGCCCGAAGCUCUCCGCCGUCUUCCAGCCGAAGCCGAGGCAGCGCCGCCGCUACUCGUCCUCGAGCUCGUGGGACAACCACACGACGACUACAUUCUCCUCCGCCGUGGACACCCCGUCCUCCGACACGGACUCCGACAUCAGGAGCCUCCGCGCCGUGCAGGGGUUCGGGCGCAUCGGCGGCGCCAGCGUGGCGGUGGAGAAGGACUCCGACGAUCCGUACCUGGAUUUCCGGCAGUCGAUGCUGCAGAUGAUCCUGGAGAAGGAGAUCUAUUCAAAGGAAGAUCUGAAGGAGCUGCUCAACUGCUUCCUGCAGCUCAAUUCGCCUUACUACCAUGGGAUUAUCGUCCGCGCCUUCACCGAGAUCUGGAAUGGGGUGUAUUCCAAUCCCUCCACCUCCUCCCUGCAUGGGAGCUGCAACGCACGUCACUACUAGCUAAUAAUUUGGUGAGUGCUAGGAUUUUAUGUGUUGUGAGAUUAGUAGAGAGAGAAGAGAUUCGGUUUUCACAGCCUUUUUGACAUGACUUUCAGUUAGUGUUCGAAGCUCAAGCAAGUGUAAAUUCUUGGUGGGUUGCCAAAAAUUCUGUGAAAAUUGUAAUCUUUUUUGUGUAAUGUAAUAUCACUAACUAUUAGCUAAAUCCAGUUGUGUUUGCUUGUUUCUUCAAA